AGUGAUUUGGACGAGCUUGCUAUAGUCCCGUGUACACCGAAGUAGCUCUAGUGUACCUCAUGUAGUAUGAACCUCGCGACUUCAUGUCGUUUUGUGAAGACAAACGUUUUUAAUAAUACAAAAGCAACACCUUUUUCAUUGACAAGUUUACCCAAUAAAAUCGUAAAUCCUACUUCACAACUUUCGUCUUCGAAGGCAACUAGUAGACUUUUCUGUCAGCUCCAACAACAAAGCGAAUAUCACACGCUCCGUCCGUCUAAAGUACGAACUGCUGUUACUGGAGCCACCACUCGUCCCCGGAUAUGAAAGCCUCAGGUUGGAAAUCCUCAAAGUGAAAAUAAUUUGUAAUGCAAAAAAACGACUCCAGUUGAAGCGUCAUUUGUAGUCGGCGCAUGACAAAUUUCCCGGGCACUCAAAACGUCUCUGUCAUGCUAGUUAGGCAAAGGGGUGCCCUCCUGUCGUGCUAAUUAGCAGCCCAAUUCUUCACCCCUAGCAGGACAAUAGUCGGCCUCCUCCAUUGUGUCCUCUGCAAUACAGUGUUUUUUGCCUGGCAUUUCAUGCAUCACAAAUUAUUUCCACUUUGAGGAUUUCCAACCUGAGGGUGUCAUACCGGACCUUCUGCGCGGUGAGUCCGUUUGGAGGUUCUUUCAACUUCGCCAGUAGGCUUGCCGGCUCCACGCGCGCUGGACCAGCAGGCUUACAGCAUUUCAGCUCCGGGCUUGGGAUCCUGACCGUGAGGAAAAUAAACGAACAGGCACAGGAACAAGAACCUCAUCUCGUUUAUUGCGAGCAAAAGCAAGACGCGGCAAGAACGAAUUCCUCUCAACAGAAGCGACACUUUUUCAGCGGUUUGUUUUCCAAGAAGGAGGAGAAAGAAAAUAAGACCGCGGAGGUGAAUAACAAGGACGUGUUUUCUCUCGAGAACGAAAGGGCUUCAUCCUUAGUCGCAAAAAUGACGGAGCACGGGUACGAUUAUGACCUGUUCGUGGUGGGUGGCGGGUCCGGCGGUCUCGCCGCCGCCAAGAAGGCAGGGGAAAUGGGGAAGAAGACUGCAGUAGCGGACUUUGUGGAACCCAGUCCAGCAGGGACAAGCUGGGGGCUCGGUGGCACGUGUUUAAACGUCGGGUGAGUUAUACUUCUGAUAAUUGAGGAGUGUGAUGUUAUUUUCAUCAAAAUUUGAACUUCUUUGUUUCAUGUUUACUAACUUCCGUGCGUUUAUGAAAUAAAUGAAAUCUUGUUUUUGGACAACCAACUGAUGAUCACCCUUGCAAAAAACAACGCAAAAACCUUGAGGACUACUAGAAUGAUCAAACAACAGCUGCAUCCCGAAGAAGUUGUGCCACUUCGCGGCUCAGGCGCCCGAGUUUCAGCAGGAUUUUGCGGCGUUGGGUUGGUAUCAAAUGUAAAAAUGUCUGGGUCUGGAAGAUUGGAACUUGUGCUGCUAGCUUUGGACUCUAGAAAAAUCUGUAUUGCAUGACCAGCAAUAGGAGUCUAGUUUGUGCUACGCGGGGAGGGCGUUUGUCAUGCGGAGGAGGCAUCAGGAAGCCCUCUCAAGACCUGUGAUGCGCGGCCGUGCAUUACAGACAUCCUGGGUCAUGCAAAACAUGCAUGACCCGUGCCACUAGGGCCCUGUGUUCCGGCUACUCCGGAUCGCAAUCGAUGGAGGGCGGGACCUGCACCGGCGACAGGCGCUAUCCAACCAACCAACCAAGUCUCAGAAUCUUCCAGACCCAGACAUUUUUACAUUUGAUAGUUGGGAAUUUCACGCAAUGCACAGUUGGGACGCGAUGAUCACCAACAUUGACAACUACAUCAAGGGCAGCAUAUGUAUUGCAAAAGUAUCGUACUAGUAUAAAUCCUCGCAUGACAAAUUUCCUCAGAAUGUAAAAUGGAACUUGUCAUGCUGAUUUACCUUUGGAAUCAGAUUUGUCAUGCGUAUCUGCGAUUAGUACGAGUGCGAUGCUUUUGCAUUUGAUACAGCAACUGGGGCAACAAAACAGACUUGAGAACAAAGGACGUGAAAUACUACAACAAACACGCGACUUUCGUCGACGCACACACACUGCAGCUGCGCGACAAGAAGGGGAAUCUCGAGCAGGUCACCGCGGACAAAAUCAUGGUCGCCGUGGGCGGCAGACCGAACAUGGGCGGCUACCCCGGCGUCGAGGAGUGCUGCAUCUUACCGACUGCAAAAAUGUCUGGGUCUGGAAGAAUCCGAACUUGUGAUGCUGCAUUUGGAUUCCGAAAAAACCUGUAUUGCAUAAAGCAGCAAAGGGAAUGCAAUUCUGGCUACGCAGAGAGGGCAUUUGUCAUGCGGAAUAGGCAUCGCGAAGCCCUCAAAAAGUCUGUGAUGCUAGGGCAUGCCUCACAGACAUCAUGGCCCAUGCAAAACGUGCGUGACAAGUCUCAGAAUCUUCCAGACCCAGACACUUUUGCAUUUCAUACAUCUCCAGCGACGACAUUUUCUGUAUCAAAAGGAAAAAUCCCCCCUGCCCAUACUGAAAAGGUAUGUUUCUAAAAGUUUGCGAUGCUGAUUUGUGACCACAAAUCCUGUCUCUCUUGCAAGAGGGCAAACUCAGAGACUCCGCCACGAUAUGCAGGCGAUUUGUAAUGCUGCAAGGCCUAUAGGGCAGACGUCUGGCAUGCUAGGCCCCUACACCAAGAGGCCCCCCCUUAGGCUUGCGAUCUGCGUGCAGUCUUUUACUGCAAGACAAAUUUGAUUUGUGUACUCAAAUACAGCAACACACAUUUCGUUUUCGAUAUGGGGAGGGGACACUUUUCCUUCUGAUAUUCUGGAGGUCCAAGCCGCCAGGCAAGACCUUGGUGGUAGGGGCCAGCUACAUCGCGCUGGAGUGCGCGGGGUUCUUGGCGUCCUUGGGCUUUGACACGACUGUCAUGGUACUUAAUUUAUUUGAUCAUCGGAAAGAUGUAGUGGUGCUUGUCCUAGAUGAAUGAAAACGCUUGUCGCGCCAAGCCCGAGUCGUGCAGCCCUCGGGCAUAACGCUACGCAGGAGCGAAUAACGGUUGCAGUAGAUUAAAGAGGAUGACUCCCUCGUGCGUAAUGUUAUGCACAGUGGAAAUACAACGUCGCCAAGGUUUGAAAGCUAGCUGAGUCAAUAAAUCUAUGCGUGCUAGUGCUUCGGCAUAUACAAAUUAAUGAUUUUUCGUUUGACAACUCAUCCAAACAAAGGUCCGCUCCAUCCUACUCCGCGGUUUCGAUCGCGACAUGGCCGACCGCAUUGGUUCCUACAUGGAAGACCACGGUGUGAAGUUCGCCCGCGGCAUGAUUCCGAGCAAAUUUGAGAAAACGGAGGACGGGCGAACAAGGGUCUUUGUCAACGACAAGGAGUUUGGCGACUACGACACGGUUUUGAUGGCGAUUGGCCGGCAGGGAUUAGCUGCGAAGUUGAACUUGGAAGCCGCUGGGGUCAAGUACGAUCCGAAGAACGGCAAAAUAUUCGUCGACGACGCCGACACGACAAACGUCCCGAAUAUCACCGCUAUCGGAGACAUUGCGCACGGCCGCUUGGAGCUCACACCCGUCGCGAUUCAAUCCGGGAAGUUUUUAGUCAACCGGUUGUUUGGCGGCAGCUCGAAGCUCAUGGACUACACAAACGUUGCGACGACGGUGUUUACACCGCUGGAGUUCGGAACCGUAGGCUUGAGCGAGGACGACGCACUUGGUAAUAUUACUGCGUAUUCACUCGUCAUUCAUCUAUCUCUAUGCAGGACACACUAAAGUUACAUCUUUGUUCCAUUUGGUUCUAGAUUAAUUCACUUUAUGAAAAACUGCUGCAUCGAAAACUUUUACAACGACAGAAAAAUACGGCAAAAGCGGAAUCGAAGUAUACCAUGGGUAUCAACACCCGCUGGAAUGGCGCUGCAACCACGACCGCAGCAAGACUGCCUGCUACAUGAAAAUGGUGUGCGACGUGAGCAAUGACAAGGUCUUGGGCUUGCACGUCCUUGGACCCAAUGCAGGGGAAAUGAUUCAAGGUAUAAGUACAUAGAUAGAAUUUCGGCUUGUUCAUAUUACAAGCUGUCACAUAGUAAAUGUCAGACUUGUGGUGUUGAAGAAGGUGAUUCUCAGUUCGUUGUUUCAGAACUCGCAUGACAGAUUUAUGGGUUCACCAUGUAUUGACACGCAUGACCUCGCAGGUUUCGCCGUGGCGAUCAAGUGUGGCGUUACCCGGGAUAUCAUCAACGAGACUGUUGGCAUCCACCCAACCGUGGUGGAAAAAGUCUGUGAUCUCACGGAAAUCAAGAAAGAGGGCGUCGCUCUGGACGGCCCCGCAAACUGCUGAGGCUAAGCAAACCCUUUCAAUCGGUUUGGAUUCAAACCGUGGAAGGGUCGCGGGUGGUCGUAGCGCUAGUAGCUUCGAUCGCUCGUUCGUUAUAGUGUACAGAAAAUUUUUGUAUGCUUUCGAAUAUUUUGCUUUCUUUAUGCGAAAGGCGACUUUCGCUGCUGACAAUAGGUUCACCUCACUUUUUGUUUGAUCAAUCACUUUUUGAAAGCGAUAAUCAUCGCCUGUAUUUAUUCCGUAUGAAGCUUGAUUUGUUGAUCAUCGACAGAAAAUUGUAGAUGCUCCAGUAGCUGCUUCCGCUUCUCGUGGAGCGGCGCACCGCUGAGUAGAGACGCCACAACAACUGCUGCCCGCCCGGAUGGACUGCAGAUGUGGAAAGUAGUACUGAUAUCGACCCGCCGCUGCCCCUGCUGAAAAUCUUCAUUUAUGUUUUUCUUCUUUUGAAGUCUUGAAAAAUAGGACCCGGUUCUUAUUUCUCUUAGACUGAUUUCUACUAGUAUGUUUUAGCAGGAGGACUACGCCAGUCGAUCAGAAUCACUAUUCAUCUUUUUUUGCGUGACCCCCGUCGACCUAGUUCCUGCACUUGCGCACUCUCAGUGCCACGGCGACAACGGAGUUCGGCGUAACAGGAACAGCCGAUACUCAAAGUAAACUUAUGCUUAUCUAUGGCAGAGCAGGACUCAUCUUGUUCUGUUCAAACCAGUAAGACCUUCACUUGUGUUGUUUGUCUCGCCACUUCAAGAGAUUCACUGACUUCUCUCCCCGCGAGCCAGUACGAACACUGCGUUUGAAGCAAACCCGGCGCAGUUUUAGUAGAAAUAGACUUCGUGAGCGGUAGAAUGGUGAAGAAGUUGUUGUCACACCGAUUCACAUUCAAAGAGAAAGCAAAACGUCUAGCGGUGCAAAUCCAGCGACCUGGCGCAAAGCCAGCGAUUACUGGUCUCGCCUUGCAGGUUUUUGUAAGU